AUGGCGAGACGCAAGAAGAACAGCCAAAAGCCUGCUUUAGUUUCAACGGUGAUUGCUUCUCCGGUGGCACAAGAGACAAGUGAGGAUAGUAGAACUACGAAGGAUCAUGAUGCACCAGAGGAUAUAGAUGAUGAGUUCAAAGAUUCGAUGGUGGAUUUCCCAGAUUUUGGUUCGCGAGAUGCUUUAGAUUCUGAAAGGGUUCCGUCAGGGGUUUUGGGGUCUGGAGUGAUUGGGAAGGAUAAGGGUGUUGAUGAGGAUGAUUUUUUGAGCCAGGCUAAAGAUAAGUGGUCCCAGUUUCGCUCCUUGCUGCCUAAUCAAGGAGGGGCCAAACUUACUUUUGAGGAGCCAAUUGUUAAGGAAGGCAUUCGGAUUGCCCAAGUUGAUUUGGAUGAGAUUCAGGUUGAGACUUCUUUCUGGAAUUCAGCUGUAGUUUGUAUGGUGCUUGGGGCUAACCCACCAUUCGCAGUUUUUGUGGGAUUUGUUAAAAGGAUUUGGGGUAAACUAGGGAUUGAGAGAAUUUCUAGGCUUAAUUCUGGUCUUACACUUGUUAAGUUCCGUGAUGAGGCCACAAGAGAUUUGGUUUUAGAAGCUGGGGUUCUGCACUUUGAUAGAAAACCAGUGAUAGUGAAGCCUUGGUCAGCUGAUUUGGAUACUCUUAAGGAUGUGAAAACUGUCCCUGUUUGGAUUAGAUUGCCAGGACUGGGUUUGCAAUAUUGGGGUACGAAAUGCUUAAGUGCUCUUGUAAGCACAAUAGGGAACCCACUUCUGGUAGACAAAGUUACUAAGGAAAGGUCGAUGAUGCAAUUUGCUAGAGUGUUAGUUGAAAUUGAGAUCGUUGAGGAUCUCCAUAAAUCUAUUCAGUUCCUUAAUGAGAAAGGGCAAUUAAUGGAACAGCUGCUGGAGUUUGAGUGGCUCCCAACUCAGUGCAGUGGGUGCAAGGUGUUUGGUCAUACUAUUAGUAUGUGUAAAAGGAAGCCUACUGAGGUUUGGAGGCUGAAAGGUCAUACUGGAAUAGUUGAGACUAAACAAGGUUUCAUGGAACAACAACCAAUUUCAGAAGAAACAAAUGCUACUAGUGGAGAAAAGGUUGCUGUCACGAAGGAUCUAGAUGAUAAGGGAUUAGAUGCAGACAAGCUGGAAUGGAGUGCUCCUAAAAGAGGAGGUGGUCUUAAGAAGGUUAAUAGGAAGAUUCAGAGCAACCUGAGAAACUCUUAUGGUGUUUUGCAGGAUAAGAUUGGUCUUGGAGCUUUUUUGGAGACCAAACUUUAUGGUGAUAAAAUUGGGAAAAUGGUGAGUACUUCUUUUAAAGGGUGGAAUUACUUUUCGGGUUCUAAUUCGGAGGGUCGUAUUCUGGUUUUGUGGCUGCCUCAGGUGGUGACUGUUGAGAUCCUAAUGGAGAGUGACCAAUUUGUUCACUUAUAUGUUAAAGGGAUUAAUUCUAGUAGAGGUAAUGAUAGAGUGGGUGGCCGUAUUAUCACUGCUGUUGAGUUGGAGGAUGCUCAAAAUUGGAGGGCUUUGGGGUUAGUUGAUGAGCUGCGGUCCAUAGGGUCUCAGUUUACUUGGACUAACAAUCAAGAAAAUGAUAAUAGAAUCUACUCUAAACUGGAUAGAGUGUUUAAAAAUGAAGAAUGGCUGGAUCUGUACCCUCAAGCUGAAGCUUUGUUUAAUUGGGACCUUCUUUCUGAUCAUUGCUACUGCAUCCUCAAAAUGGGAGCUGUUAUUAACAGUGGUCUUAAGCCUUUUAGAUUUUUUAAUAUGUGGACUGAGCAUAGGAUUUUUAAAGACACUGUUUUACAGAGCUGGACUAAGCCUAUGAAAGGAAGAGGGCUGGUGCGUAUUGCUAGAAAAUUGAGUAGACUUAAGGUUGUUCUAAGCAAGUUCAAUAAACUCGUUGUGGGUGAUGUGGCUAUGCAUUACAAUCUGGCAAAGGAGAAGUUUCAAAAUGCUCAAGGAUUGCUUCAAAGAAAUCCCCACUCGAUUGAGUUGCAAAGGGAGGAAGCUCUGGCUGGUGCGUGUCUUGCUUAUCAUUCUAAAGCUUAUGACAGCGUUUGGAGACAAAAAAGCAAGGUUGAUUGGCUGGGAUAUGGGGAUGAUAACACGGCUUAUUUUCAUGCGUGUUUAAAGCAAAGGAGAGCCAAUAAUUGCAUUACUUCAGUGGUUUCGGAUUCAGGUGAAUUAAUUGAGAAAUUUGAAGAUGUUGUGACGCAUUUUGUACAUCAUUUUCAGAAAAUUAUGGGCAGUAGUAGUGAUGCUUCAGUUCUUGUUCAGUCCUCUUGUUUCAGACUUGGUCAUUGUUUAUCCCUGGAGCAGCAAGUUAAGCUUGUUAGACCGUUCACAAAGAAGGAAGUGAAGGAUGCCUUUUUUAGCAUAAGCUCUAUAAAAAGUCCGGGGCCGGAUGGGUUCGGUUCUUGUUUUUUUAAAGCUAUGUGGGGUAGCUUAGAAGCUGAAAUUUCAGAGGCUGUUUUCGAUUUCUUUGAGAGUGGUGUUUUUCCACAGGAAGUUAAUAAGGCUACCAUUUGCUUGGUUCCUAAAGUUGAGACACCAACUAAGGCAGUAGAUUAUAGGCCUAUAGCUUGUUGCAAUGCUAUAUACAAGUGUAUUUCAAAAAUUCUCUGUGGGAGGUUGGCCAUUGUUCUGCCUAGUUUAGUCCAUCAAAACCAAGGAGCUUUUGUCAAAAAUAGAUUGUUGGCGCACAAUAUUCUUAUUCUUCAGGAUAUUAUAAAGGGUUAUAAUAGGAAAAAUGCUUCCCCUAGAUGUGUGAUGAAAAUCGACUUGAGUAAAGCUUAUGACAUGCUAGAUUGGGAUUUUAUGGAGACCAUUCUUUCCGAGUAUUGUUUUCCUAUCAAGUUUAUUAAGUGGAUUAUGGCGUGUUUGAAGGAUCCUUCCUAUUUGAUUCGUAUGAACGGUAGAAUCCAAGGGGAGUUUAGAGGCAAAAAAGGUCUUAGACAAGGGGACCCAUUAUCUCCGUUGUUGUUUGUUUUAGCUAUGGAGUACUGUACUAGGCUGUUAAGUCAAGCUUCUUUGGAUAAGAGGUUCAGAUUCCACCCGAAAUGCAAAUCUCUUAAGCUAGUCAAUCUGUGUUUUGAUGAUGAUCUCGUGUUUUUUGGGGGUUUGGAUGAUAGAGAGACUCAACAAUUGCUAGGGAAGAUUCAGUUCACUGAAAGGAAGUUUCCUCUCAAAUACUUAGGGGUUCCUCUUCGAACAACUAAGUGGAGGGCUAGAGAUUGUGCUAUCAUAAUUACUAAGAUUCAGCAAAAGCUUCAUACUUGGGCCAGCCAUCAUCUCUCAUUUGCAGGGAGGGCUCAACUGGUUAAUACAGUGCUUUUGAGCUUGAGAUCGUUUUGGAUGAGUAUUUUUAUGCUCCCUAAGAGUGUUACUAAGGAGAUAGAUCGUUUAUGUAGAAAUUUUCUUUGGGGAGUUAAGGAAGGCAGUGUUAACCGCAGUAAAUUACACUUCACUGCUUGGAGUCAAGUUUGUCUUCUGAAGUGUAUGGGUGGUCUUGGCUUUAAAGAGGGCAGUACUUGGAACACUGUUCUCCUAGCUAAGUUUGUUUGGGUUGUUUCUAGUAAGCAAGACAUUCUAUGGGUAAAAUGGGUGGACUCAAUCUAUCUAAAGGGUCAUGAUUUCUGGUCUUAUUCUAUUCCUCAAGAUGUUAGUUGGUAUUGGAAGAGACUAGUGAAACUGAGGUCAGUCUUCUCUGAUAUCAGCUUAGCUGCAACUGUGAAGGGUGAUAAACUCUGCUUGAAGUUGCUGUAUUACAGUUUACUGAACAGGGAUAGAGUUGAAUUCGCUGAUGUGGUCUGGUGCUCUAUGGCAGUCCCAAAGCAUAGAUUCAUCCUGUGGCAAGCUUCUCUCGGCCAUCUUCUUACUCGAGAUAAGUUGCAUCAAUGUAACUUGGAGCUGCCUUCUUUAAUGUGUCCUGUUUGUGAUUUGGAGCAGGAAUCUCAUGCCCACUUGUUUUUUGCCUGUCCCUUUUCUCCACAGCUCAGGGCUCAUUUGUUGGAUUGGUUGGGUAAGGAUAUCUGGUCGAUUACUUAUGCUAACUGGUGUACCUGGAUGUGUGGGAAGCUGAAAAGUCUGAAGCAUCAGGUGUUGGCUGUUGCAUUGGCAGCUACAGUGUACAUGGUUUGGAGAAAUAGGAACCUCUGUGUGUUUGAGUUGAGAUCUUUGGCAAUUGGUCCUGUAAUUCAGUUGAUUAAGUCCAGUAUUAGAUCUAGACUUGCCAGGUUGCCUAAGCUGAAAGUUAGGACCUGUGAGGUGGCGUUCUUAGAGGCUAUUACUCAGAUGUAA